CAUCAACCUCUUCCUUAUGACAGGGAUUGGGAGGCUGCCGGGAAAACAUGGCAGCUUCCUUUUGUUGGUGGGGAUUUACUGUACUCCGACGGGGGAUUUAAACACAAUUCUUCCGUGGAUAGACAGAUCUCCAUCGCACACUCGGGGUUCACACUGCCGGUCAUCCAAACCCUUGAAGCGGGAGGAACAUGGAGAAGAGUGGGAGCAUCGACAGUCUGGGCUCAAAGCGCUCCUCUUCGCGACAGCCAAGUGUUGAUUCAUUGUCCAGUACUUCCACCUCUCGCUCUGACCGGUCUGCCCAGGCCAAGCCACCCUUUGCAAUGUCCUCCGAAUCUGUGGCCACCUCUGCAGAGCUCUCCCCAGAGUUCAGGGUUAAGCCCAAAACUGCUGCAAAGCAGGUGCUUAGAGAUUCAGACAAAGAAGAACCACAGUUACUUCCAAAGGAAACUGUGCAAGACAUGGCCCAAGAUGUGACCUACUUCUGUCCUUUCAUUGGAGCACUGAGGGGAACAGUGAUAGUUACCAACUACAGACUUUUCUUCAGAUGCAUGGACAGGGAGCCAGCAUUUGUGCUGGACAUUCCCCUUGGGGUGGUGAGUCGUGUGGAAAAGAUUGGAAGUGCAUCAAACCGUGGUGAUGUGUCCUACGGGCUGGUUUGUAAGGAUGUGCGUAAUCUACGAUUUGCACACAAGCAAAUGGAGGACACACUUAGGAAGUCCAUUUUUGAAGUGCUGGUCAAAUUUGCAUUUCCUGUUUCCAAUGCGCUGCAAAUAUUCGCCUUUGAAUAUGGGCAAGUUUUCCCCGAGAAUGGAUGGAAGGUGUAUGACCCUCUCUCGGAAUACAAAAGACAGGGUAUACCCAAUGAAAGCUGGAGGAUAACAAAAGUAAACGAUCACUACGAGGUUUGUGACACUUACCCAUCCACUCUGGCGGUGCCUGUCAACAUACCAGACGAAGAGCUGAAGAGAGUAUCCGCCUUUCGGGCAAAGGGAAGGAUACCUGUGUUGUCAUGGAUCCAUCCAGAGAGCCAGGCGACAGUGACGCGCUGCAGUCAGCCCAUGGUUGGGGUCAACGGGAAGCGCAGCAAAGAGGAUGAGAAAUACCUCCAGGCGAUCAUGGACGCUAACGCUCAGUCACAUAAACUCUUCAUCUUUGAUGCAAGGCCCAGUGUCAACGCUGCUGCAAACAAGAUGAAAGGCGGUGGUUAUGAAAGUGAGGAUGCGUAUCAGAAUGCUGAGCUGGUGUUCUUGGACAUUCACAAUAUCCACGUGAUGAGAGAGUCACUCCGUAAGCUGAAGGACGUGGUCUACCCCAACAUCGAGGACUCCCACUGGCUCUCCAAUCUGGAGUCCACUCAUUGGCUUGAGCACAUCAAGCUGAUCCUGGCAGGAGCACUACGGAUCGCAGACAAGGUGGAGUCUGGGAAAACGUCCGUGGUGGUGCACUGUAGCGAUGGCUGGGACCGCACAGGCCAGCUCACCUCCUUGGCUAUGCUCAUGCUUGACGCCUACUACCGCACCAUCCGCGGCUUCGAGGUGCUGCUCGAGAAAGAGUGGCUCAGCUUUGGUCACCGCUUCCAGCUGCGUGUCGGUCAUGGCGAUAAGAACCACACAGACGCAGACCGCUCACCUGUUUUCAUUCAGUUCAUCGACUGUGUCUGGCAGUUGACUCGCCAGUUUCCUGCGGCGUUCGAGUUUAACGAAUAUUUCCUGGUUACCAUCCUGGACCACCUGUACAGCUGCCUGUUUGGGACCUUCUUGUGCAACAGCGAACAGCAGAGGUUGAAGGAGGAGAUUCCAAAGAGGACAGUGUCAUUGUGGUCAUAUAUAAAUAGCCAGCUGGAGGAGUUUACCAAUCCUUUGUAUGUGAACUACUCCAACCAUGUGCUGUUCCCUGUAGUCAGCUUACGCCACCUGGAGCUUUGGGUUGGCUACUACAUCCGCUGGAACCCUCGCAUGAGGCCUCAGGAACCUGUUCAUCAGCGCCACAAGGAGCUGCUGGUAAAGCGGGCCGAGCUGCAAAAGAGAGUGGACGAGUUACAGCGCGAGGUGACAAAUCGCUCCGCCUCCUCAUCCUCUGAGCGUGCGGGCUCCCCCACACGCUCCAUCACCCCGGUGCAGACCUUUGUUUGACACAACUUUGACAUCGCAGACGGUAGCAGAAGUGGAAUCUUACCUGUGAGAAGUUGCUAUACAGAAGUAAUUAGUUGGCCGCACCUGGCACAACAAAGGACCUGUGUGCCAAACUGGCAUUAAAACACUACUACUAAGAGUCUGAUGGGUUUCCACCUCUCACAGGUCAUGGAGAGUCUGCUUGCAACAAAAGAGUGUCUGAUUUACUACAGCCAUAUUGUACUCUUCCUCCAGGGUUGAGAGGACAUGUAACUACAAUAGUGAGAACAUAAGUGUGUCAGCCCAUCAACAAUCAGUGUUUUUAAAGUACACUAAAUAUUACUCGGGUAAAAUAUGUAUGCCUUAUACACUUCAUAGGAACACUCACUCCAUUCCUCUACAAAGCAAAUGUUCAGCAGUGAAAAGCAGUACCGCUGAAGCAAUUGUAAAGAUGUACAUCGCUGCAAAAAAUGAUUUUGAGUUCUAGUACUAAAAAUGACUAAAUGGCUCGGAGUUGUUUUAAUAUACAAAAUGUUAAAGAAAAUAUAGACAGAGCGCAUUAAACAAGUUUGUCUUCUUCUCAAGUCAGUGCUUUUAGAUUGUUGUGACCAAAUGUUUUUUUUUAUGACUACAUUAUGUGUCAUGUAUGACAUUCCUCUCAGUUUUGUUUUUCUAACUAUAUAUUUAUUAUCCUUUAGUCCAGACUGUAUAUAUGGUUCACAAACACACACUGUCUCAUGUCAUGAAUUGAUGAGAGAUGUUCCCAUGCAAUGUUAAUAAGCUAUGCAGAAUAUGCUAAAGUGAAUUUGUCCCAGUUAAUAUUAGACUAUACUUACUAAAAUGUAAUUGUUCACAUUUCUUACUGAUGCUUUUUAAAGCUAGUAUUAGACGCUUUUUUUAAAGGUAGCAGAAUGUGUAACAACUAAUAAUUUGCUUAGUUUUUUUUCUAGUUUAAUGAAUAUCUGUGCCUUGCUCUGAAUGACCGAAUGGGAGAAUAAAAAGAGAAAAGUGUGCACAGCUUUUUGAUUGCCAAGAGGAAAUGGUAAAUACAGUGUUAGUUAGCCUUUCCACUGUGUAUGUGAUUACUUGCAAUAAA